CACGCCCUUUCUGGGUUGGUCUGCUCGUGCUCGGUGUUGUGUUAUAACUGCAGGAUUGUCGUCUUUUCUCUGAAUCUUUGUACGGAGUCCUUCAGAAAGCGCAGCGCGUUCACUCGUUUACUGAAGUUGCUGAGGAUUUUUCAGACCGGAAGGACUUUUGUGCGAGUUAUUUUUAUUUUCUUCAAACAUCAGAUUUAGGAUUCAGGAUUCAGGAUGGAGAACUGCUGUGGUCUCGUGUCUGACAAGAACAUGCCCGUUCCUCUGAAGAGCAUCUCGGUGGAGUUGAAGGUUCAGGAUCACGUUGGUACCAUCACGUCCAGUCUGCAGUAUGUGAAUGAAGAAGAGCGUUCCCUCGAAGCCGUGUUUGUGUUCCCGCUGCCCGCUGAUGCCGCUGUCUGUCACUUUAGUGCCAAGAUUGGUGAUCAGGAGAUUGUUGCUGAGGUCCAAGACAAGCAGAAGGCGAGGGAUCAAUACGAUGAUGCCGUGAGUUCGGGUCAGCAGGCGUUUCUGUUGGAGGAGAGCGAUGAAAGUUCUGAUGUGUUCAAACUGACGGUGGGAUGUUUGUCACCGGGUCAGACCGCCACCAUCACUAUUGUGUACGUCACAGAGCUCGUGAUUCAGGCCGACCACUCCCUGCGCUUCUGUUUACCAGCUGUACUCAACCCACGAUACAAACCAGCAGAUUUAGUAGCUGGUGGAGCUUCUCAGGUGACGCCAGUUUGUGGAGGGAUUCCAUACACACUGUCCCUUAAUGUUGAUGUGAUGUCAUCAAACCCCAUCUCCAAAGUUGAGUCCAGCUGCACUCUGGAUCCUCUGGUGUUCCUCAACUCUGAUCACACGCAAGCAAAGGUGAAUCUGAGUCCUGGUCACAUGUUUGAUAAGGAUGUUGAGCUGUUUUUAUACUAUAAAAAUACCCAUCAGCCCACUGCUGUAGUGGAGGCCGGUGUAACCACAGCCCAAUCAGGUUCUCUAAUGAAGGAUCCAGUGGUCAUGAUCAGUUUGUAUCCAGAGUUUCCUGCAGAAGUGAUGUCAUCUCUGUCCUCUCGAGGCGAGUUUGUUUUUGUGGUUGACCGAUCAGGCAGUAUGGACUGCAUGAUGCAUAACGGGAACGGAGCACAGAUGCGCAUAGAGAGUGCAAAAGACACUUUACUCUUACUGUUGAAGAGUCUGCCCAUGGGAUGCUACUUCAAUAUCUACGGAUUUGGCUCUAAUUUCGAGUCCUUCUUCCCUCAGAGUGUUGUGUACACUGAGGACACCAUGGAAGAGGCUCUGAAGAGAGUAAAGGACAUAAAAGCAGACAUGGGCGGCACAGAAAUUUUACAGCCUUUAAAACACAUCUACAGUCAGCCAUGUUACCCUGAUCACCCUAGACAGUUAUUUAUGUUCACUGAUGGAGAGGUGUGGAACACUAAGGAGGUGUUGGAUCUGGUGAAAAGUCAUGCUUUUUCUCACAGGUGUUUUUCAUUUGGGAUCGGUGAGGGUGCGAGUACAGCCCUCAUCACAGGAAUGGCCAGGGAAGGUUCUGGUCACGCCCAGUUCAUCUCAGGUGUUGACCGCAUGCAGCCUAAAGUAAUGCAAUCUCUCAGAUUUGCUCUUCAGCCUGCGGUUGAAAAUAUCUCUGUGAAAUGGGACGUCCCCGAGGGUGUUACUGUUGACAUGCUGUCCCCGCCCAUCAAUGUUCUCUUCCAGGGUCAAAGGGCACUCAUUUAUGCUCAGCUUAAAGGAGAGAGUUCAGGAGGCUCUGCUGGAACUGUGAUGGUGAAAUACAGUCUGAAAGAUCAAGCAGUCACCAACAAUCUCACAUUCAAUCUUAAACCAGCUGAAGACACAGGGUUGUCCAUCCACCGGCUGGCUGCUCGGACUGUGAUCCGCUGUCUGGAGCAGGAGGAGAGAGCAGGAGGUGCAGAUGUGGAGGAGAUUAAGAAAAGAAUCGUGGAUCUCAGUGUUCAGGCUGGAGUCAGCAGUGUUCAUACAGCUUUCAUUGGAGUUAAUAAAGACAGCAGAGAGACUGUGACAGGACCACUGCUGCAGAGGACUAUACCAACACAACCUAUGUUUGCCAUGUGUGCGAUGUCUGGCCCUAUGAUGGGAUGUGCGAUGUCUGCCCCUAUGCCUAUGAUGAGAUGUGGGGUGUCACAGUCAGCCUCUAUACCUAUGCCACAACGUCUGAUGACUGUCCCUAUGCGAUGUGAUGACCCUGUCCCCCAAUUGGCACAUUUUGGAGCAAUGCCAUGUGCCCUGGCAUCUAAUGAUGAAGAGUGUGAAUCUGAUGAAGCAUUAAAUGAGGCAGAACCUGAACCCCAGAAGGACUCUUUAAUGCAGUUGGUCUCUCUUCAGAAAGCCUCAGGAUGCUGGGAGCUCAACACCACAUUGGCUCAUGUGAUCGGGAGCACAGAGGACGAAGUGACCAAACAGAAACCAGCACAGGUGGAUCAGAAGGUGUGGGCCACUGUACUCGCUCUGAUCUGGUUACACGCCUAUAAAAAAGAUGAUGAGGUUGAGUGGCAGUUUGUGGCCAUGAAGGCAGCGUCAUGGAUCCGCUCUCAGAAAGUUGGAGAUCUGUCUCAGUGUGUGAGGGCUGGGAAUGUCCUGCUGAAAUGUCAUGUGACGGAAGACACAUUGGGAAUCUGAUUACUCUAAAUCCUAAAUGUUUUUUGUGCUUUACGUUAGAUGACCAAAUUACUAUAACUGUUUAUCAAGAACAUUUAUUAUCUUUUGAUAGAUUAUAGAAAAUUAUUUAAAAUGAAACUUUAUUGUAUCAGUGCUGAUUAAAGUUUUUAUCCAGAGAAUGUCUUUUGUGAUUUAUAAUUUAAUUUAACCUUUGUUUGUUUGA